AUGGCGCGGUGGCAUCCAGCCUCCGACACAACCCUCUACAAGCUCGCAAACUCGUACGGAAGCCUAGCUUUGGACAAUUCCACAUCCGACUACGGCCUUCAUGCCUCCCGAAGCGACCCCCCUAUCUCCUGGUACUUCAUCCCUGGGGCCGACGCUCUCCGGUUCAACAUUUGCACCAAGCAAACCGGCCAGCCGCUGUGCCUCGGUGUUUCAAGCAACAAAACGUACCCACACCUCACCGUGCCGCGCGAUUUAACCGGCCAGAGCUGGACAGUUACGGCCGACAUUGGCGGCAAAACGUAUAAGCUGUCAAACGACCACUCCGGGCCCGAGCUGUACCUAGAUGUGUAUACCGACAGCCUGCAAGCAUUCAUGGGGCCUACCGAUACCACCGGGCGGUAUUGGGACAUCAUCCUUGCGGAUUUACUCACGACCACACCAGCAUCAACGUCGUUAAAGUCAUCGGGCACAGGCACCUCGUCGGCGUCAGGCACACAAACCUCGUCGGCGCCACCAGGCCCCAGCGGCGACGACAACAAAACUGGAAUUAUCGCCGGCUCGGUUGGGGGGGCUGUUGUGCUUCUUAUUAUCUGCAUCGCGGUAUACCUGUGGCACAAAAAUUCGAGGAACGAAGAUCCGAAGCCAUAG